AUGAGACAAACAUCAUCGUCUUCUUCCACUAUCACCACCACUGUCACCAUGGAAAAUCCUGGCCAACAACAGCAGCAACAACAACCUCAAUCUCUGGUUUUGCGGCUAAAUGUCUGUUCGGAUGGGAGUGAGGAAGGAGGAAGUAAGGGUAAGGGGGGAGUAAUUCGGAAGAAGAAGAAGGUCACUUGGAAAGAGGGCACUGUUGACAAUGAGUUCAUGAAGAAGAAGAGCUCCAAAAAAUGUUGCAUCUUCCAUAAGGAAAAGCCCUUUGAUGAAGAUUACAGCGAUGAUGAUGAUGAUCAUAAUCAUGAUCACAAAUCUGAUGGCGCCUGUUCUUCCAAGGGCAAUUGUGGCAAUUUGAAUUCAGUGGCUGGUUGA